GCCUUGAGGACUGAGUUUGGGAAUGCCUGUGUUAGAGGAAAUUAUACUUCUGACUCAUCAUUGGAUAGGUUAGCUAUAAGCACAGCCCGGCAGAAGGUGCCCAUGAGGGCUGGUGGCAGGAGACUCCCUUAUCAGAACGCUGGGGAUACUGUAUGAUUGCUGUACAUCUGGUUGGUGCAUCUUAAUUUUCCCAAUAUAACCGGUUUGGAUGCACAGUAUUGUGAACUGCUGUUGACACAGUGCAUUGAAAAAUUGAACAAGUCUCGGGAAACAAAUGGCACACAGCUCCUCAGAUAGGUCAUCUUCAAUCAAGACCCGUGGGCAAAAACUUGGCGCAGCAAAAUCUGCCACCAACAUCAGUCAGCCACCAGAAGAACUUUUAACAAAGAAAAUGAAUAAACUUUCAGUAGCGGAAGAUCAAAAUCACACAAGAAAAAGUCAACUGGCAAAGCUGGGACUGGGUAAGAAAUAUCCUGGAAGCCCUCCCCUACCUCUGAAAUGUAGCAGUCUAGAAGAUAUUGCCGAGCUGAUAUUAAAGAAUCGUUGCAAGAAGAUAAUAGUUAUGGCGGGAGCUGGAAUCAGUACUCAAAGUGGAAUUCCAGAUUUUAGAACACCUGGUUCCGGAUUAUAUGAUAACAUGCAGCGUUAUAAUGUUCCAUACCCAGAAGCCAUUUUUGACAUUGAUUACUUUACACACAACCCAAAGCCUUUUUUUGCUCUAGCGAAAGAGCUGUAUCCUGGUAAAUACAAACCCAACGUGGUCCACUAUUUCGUGAGGUUACUGCAUGACAAAGGCUUGUUACUGAGAUGUUAUACGCAGAAUAUUGACGGCCUAGAAAGAACAGCUGGGAUUCCACCCAAAAAAUUAGUUGAGGCUCAUGGAACAUUCUCAUCAGCAUCUUGUCACCUGUGUUACACUCCAUUCCCUACAGCAGAAGCUCGGGACUGCAUUAUGAAUGACAAAUCCCCACGUUGCAAAUUGUGCUAUGGGGUUGUUAAACCAGAUAUUGUGUUUUUUGGUGAAGAUCUUCCAAAAGAAUUUGCCAGAUUUUCAAAGGACUUUCCAAAGGCUGACCUGCUAAUUGUUAUGGGGACUUCUUUGGAGAUUGAACCUUUUGCCAACAUUGUAAACUCUGUGCGACCAAACGUUCCCCGGCUCCUGAUGAACCGAGAUGCUGUUGGUCCAUUUAAAACAAAACCAAUGAAGAGCACAGACGUGGUGCAACUGGGAGAGCUCUGUGACGUCACCAGAAAGUUUUUGAAAGCCCUGAACUGGCAGACUGACAUGGAGGAAGUGAUGCAAUCUCAAAAGAUCAUAAAGUGUGAUGGACACAUCAGAGCUGCAGUUCAAGACGCACAAUCUGAUUUCUCAAAUAUCACAAAUGUUGUACAGCUUUUUUAAUCUGUAGGAAAGUGUGUGAUGCAUUUCAUUUUCAAAAUAUUGUGUCAAACACUUUUUAUUUUAAGGUGUACACGAUUAGGAUAAGAUAAAAUGUGCUGCUAUGAACAUUAAUCACCGCUAGCGUUUAAUCCUCCAUCGCUGCUGUAAUCGCUCAGGGUAUUGCUCCACUGUUUUUUUUUUUUUAAACUCAAACUAAUCAGACUUUGUUUUCAUUAAACUUGUUUUGAUGUUUGUUUUUGUUUAAUUUAUUGUAUUUAUAUUGGUUGUGUAACUUUAUCUAUAAAAAUUUAUCUGUUCGUACUUGUAAUAAACUAUGUAUUUUAUAAUAUACUUCAGACUUCAUUAAUAAACAGUCUUCCAAUUGGUUAAA